GACGUGGUCGCAUCGUGAUGCGGGUGUGGUUCUCCCAAGGAUGCAGACGGCUUCGGACACAGCUUGCAGGUUCCCCAUCCGACCCUCAUCAGGAUCUCAAAGUCCUCCUGGGGAUUCCUGGUGGAGAAAUCCUGUGUGGCUCCAUGCUGGACAUCCAUGCUGAAGAGUACAACCCAGAAAACCUGGCGACGUUGGAGCGUUACGUGGAAACACAAGCCAUAGAAAAUGCGUACGACUUGGAGGCCAACUUGGCCAUUCUGAAACUGUACCAGUUCAACCCCCCCUACUUCCAGACGAACGUGACUUCUCAGAUCCUGCUGAAGGCCCUCACCAACCUGCCGCACACCGACUUCACCCUCUGCAAGUGCAUGAUUGACCAGACACACCCAAAGGAGAGUCCCAUCAGCAAGAUCCUGUACCUGGGCAACCUGCUGGAGACCUGCCACUUCCAGAGUUUCUGGACGAGUCUCAAGAAGAAUCAUGAGCUCAUCAAUGGAAUUACAGGUUUCGAAGACUCAGUCCGCAAGUUCAUCUGUCACGUGGUUGGCAUCACCUACCAGACUAUAGAGCGCCACCUGCUGGCCGAGAUGCUGGACACACAGGUGGAGGUGUGGAUGAACAAGUACAACUGGACGGAGACCGAGGAAGGACAGAUCUUCAUCUUCAACCAGGAGGAGAGCGUCAAGCCCAAAAACAUUGUGGAGAAGAUCGACUUUGAGAGUGUGUCAAGCAUUAUGGCGACGUCUCAGUGACACACACAAUAAACCUGGUUAUUUGAUCCUCUCACACUUUUUACAAUAAAAGUAAAUUAUCA